AAUCAUUUCCGAUGAGAACGUCACUGUGAACGUUUAUCAAUUUCCGUUCAUGUUUGGAAACAUUUCUACAAUAGACAAUCCUUAAAGAUCACUGCUGCGAAAAUGUUAAUCCAAGGUGUUGUGUUUUUUCUUCUAGGGCUUGUUAGUGUUAUCAGAGGACAAUCCAAUACUUGUGCAUUUGAAACUUGUAAAGAAUGUAUACAAGAAAAAGGAUGUGUGUGGUGUAUAAAUCCUUUUAAUAUAUCUGGCAAAGAAUUUCCUCAUUGUCUCCCGAGCACAGUAUCGGCCACAUCUAAUUGGUGUAAACCCCUUGAUGUUGUUUCUCCAAAAACUGAAUAUAAUGUAAUUACAGACGAGAAGUUUUCGGAAGAAGAAGGAAAAACUAUACAAAUGAAACCCCAGAGAGUAAAAAUAUCUUUGCGUAAAGGGGAAAAGUAUGAUCUUAAAUUUAAAUUUAAAAACGCCGAAAACUAUCCAGUUGAUCUUUAUUAUCUUAUGGAUUUAUCAAAGUCUAUGGAAAACUAUAAGGCAAAACUGGCAGAACUUGGACAGGAACUGGCGUACCAGAUGAGACAGAUUACAAGAAAAUUUAGGCUGGGAUUUGGUAGUUUUAUUGACAAACGGGAUUUACCAUUUGUCAGUACUGUUCCUUCAAAAUUACUGGCUCCUUGUGAAACUGAAGGGAAAGUAAAACUAAAGUGUGCCAGUCCGUAUAGUUUUAAACAUGUUGUUUCCCUAACCCAAGAUGACCAGAAAUUUGUACAGGAAGUAAAAUUGGCUAACGUUUCUGGAAAUUUGGACUCACCUGAAGGUGGUCUCGAUGCUCUUAUGCAAGCAAUGGUUUGUAAAGACAAGAUUGGAUGGAGAGACCAAGCUAGACAUUUAUUAAUUUUUUCCACGGAUGCAGAAUUUCACAUAGCUGGCGAUGGAAAGUUGGCAGGAGUAAUAGAACCAAAUCCAGGAACAUGCUAUUCUAAUGAUGAAGAAUUCUUAAUCUACGAUUAUCCUUCAGUAUCCCACAUAAAUUAUGUAGCUCAGGAAAAGAAAGUUAACAUAAUUUUUGCUAUUGUAAAAAAAGGAAGUGCAUUAAAACUAUCAUACCAACAUCUCUCUGAUAAUAUUGACAACUCCAAAUUCGGUGAAAUAAGUGAAGGCAAAGAUAGUAAUAUUAUAAAGUUAAUAGUGGAUAAUUAUAAUAAAAUAGUUCAAACCGUUAGCUUUAAAUCUAACGCUUCAGAUGAAGUAGACGUUACAUUUUCAUCAAAUUGUGGAAACGGCCAAUCAAAUCGUUGCAACAACGUUACAGUAGGUCAAAUUAUUGAUUUUACGGCAACUAUUGAACUAAGACAGUGUCCCCAAGAUGGUCAGAAAACAAAAAUUAUUUCUAUCCAACCAGAUGGCAUUAAUGAGAGUUUAUUGAUUGAAUUAAACUUUUUGUGCGACUGUCAAUGUUCCCAAGAAAGCGAUGCAACAUUUGAGCCGAACUCACCAAAAUGUAACGGAACAGGCUCUUUGACAUGCGGAGUAUGUAACUGUCCACAAGGAAAAUCGGGCAAAAACUGUGAGUGUGACCUUCUACAAAAUAAAGCAGAAAACGUCACACUUUGUAUGAAAGAAGGAAGUAAUGAAGUGUGCUCAGGAGUAGGAAUAUGUAAAUGUGAAAAAUGUGUAUGUAACAUAAUUCCCAAAAGUAAUGAUCAAAAAUAUACAGGAAAAUACUGUGAAUGUGAUAACCAAGCGUGUAAACGAGAAAAGGGUUUACUAUGUUCCAAUAGAGGAACUUGCAAUUGUAAUAAAUGCGAAUGUUUUACUGGAUAUACCGGAGACUCAUGUGACUGUGAAACAGCUGUAACGAACUGUAGACGUUCUAGUAGUGACGAUAUUUGUUCCAAUAAUGGAGAAUGUAAAUGUAAUCGGUGUAAAUGUGCUAUAAAAGAUAAUAAGAGAUAUUCUGGAAAAUAUUGUGAAGAUUGUCAGUCCUGCGGAGCAAAAAGAUGUAACGAAUUACGUGCUUGUGUCGAAUGUCAAGCUUAUAAAUCUGGAAGUCUAAAUAAUGAAUCAUGUGUUACAUCCUGUACAGAGUUCCAAACACAAAUUGUACACAAAUUGGAAAGUGAAGGUGUGGAAGAUGUUAAAAAAUGUAGAGUGCCCUUUAAUGAGUCCUGCUUCAUACACUUCGAUUAUUAUUACAUAGAUGAUAAACUGUUUGUAAAAGCUUUGGAUCGAGAAGUUUGUACGGGUCCAGUGGAUCCUUUACCCUGGAUAUUGGGAGUUAUUGGAACCAUCCUUAUAGCUGGAUUUAUUAUGUUAUUGAUAUGGAAAAUAGUGACUUCAAUUCAUGAUAAGCGGGAGUACGCCAAAUUUGAAAACGAACGUAAGAAACUUAAAUGGGGAAAUAAUCAUAAUCCACUGUACAAAGAAGCUACGUCAACAUUUGCAAAUCCUGCUUAUAAUAGAGCUAGUGCAAGAUUUUCAUUCAGGAAGGAGUAAAAAUCUUAUUUCAAUUUGUAAGGAACGAUGUUUAGGAAUUGUAUAUUUGGUAAUACUUGAAAUUAAAGUAAAAUCCAUGACAGAUUUGUAUAUUAGUGACAUAGUUAAUGUAUUGAGUAUUGUUAAAGAAAGGACAAACAUUCUUCAUUAUAUGCAUAUAAACAGUGGCAUAAUUAAGUUAUUAAUCAGUUAGUAAAACCUAACAAUUUAGUACAGCUAUGGAUUUAUUUGUACAUGAUCAGCAAAUACAACUUAGUGCUAUUGA